AUGGGCCCAAAGACAAAAAUAUCCAAAGCUGAAGCUUUACCAGCUUCUAAAUUAACUUACAAAGAUAUGAUCAAAUCAGCAAUUGAAACAUUAAAGGAAAGAAACGGUUCAUCUCGUCAAGGAUUGAAGAAAUACGUCCAGUCCAAUUACAAGAUCAACGCUGUUAACUUUGAUUCUUUAUUCAACACCGCUUUAAGAAAGGGGGUUGAAACAGGUGACUUCCUGCAACCAAAGGGACCUUCAGGUCCUGUCAAAUUGGCAAAGAAGGGUAAGAUUGCUCCUGUUGAAGCCAAGGUCACGAAACCAACCAAACCAACCAAACCAACUUCUAAGACCACCACCACGACCACCACCAAGAAAGCCUCCACGAAAAAGGCCGCUCCUAAGACUGCAUCUAAAGUUGCUCCUGCUGCUAAGAAGAAGACCGUGGUCAAGAAAGCCGUAGCUAAGAAGCCUGUUGCUACCAAACCGGCCGCAAAAAAGGUCACUAAGAAACCUACUGCUAAGGCUACUGCCCCAAAAAGGACAGAUGCUAAGAAGGUGACGAAGCCAGCCACCAAGAAAGCUCCUGUUAAGAAAGCUGCUACAAAGAAAUCCGCAAAGAAAUAA